AUGGAUAGACACAGCUUUAGUCAUACUGGUAAGUCAUGGAUUGAGGACGGCGUGGAAUACCAGUGGGCUUGGUCACCCCAGAAACAGACUUACAUUGAGCAGAGGACUAGCAAGAAACCUGAAUCUAGUGGAUCAAAUUCUCCAGUGCGGUCUCCUCUGGCCUCAUCUUCUCCAAUCAGAAAACACAUCAUUCUGGACGAAUCCCCGGCUCACUACGCGGUUAAAAUUUCAAGCAAUCCUCCUUGGAGAGUUGACCUUUGUGACCUAGAUUCACACGGGCUGCCUCAAUUUACUUAUACUAAAAACUAUAUAAGAGGCGAUGGGAACUGUCUAUACCGAGCCUUGUCGUAUUUGGUCAAGAGAAACCAAGAUUCGCAUUGGAACAUAAGAGAGCGUGUGUUCAAGGAGAUACAAGAAAGUGGUGAAUACAUAGAUUCAAUCCAGGAUGGCACUAUGACUUUCGAUGAUUUUGUUUCAAAAGACAGUGCUAAUGGGGCAUGGGGUGGAGAACAUACACUUGCAGCUGCGGCAAGGGUGUUGAAUAAAAAGAUAAUCAUGCUGUCUCUAGCCUCAACAAGACCGUACUUUAGAGCAUAUGGAAGUGCGCCGGUUGACCCUGAAGAUCCUGGGUUGGUCUUCUUGGGUGACCACUAUGAACUACUAUUUUCCAAGCCGAGGUAGAGAGGAGAAUGAGCAUGUCAUGUGGAAAAAAUCUUGCUUAUCAAUGAAAAUGAAAAAAUAAAACAUGAAGAAAGAAUGCAUGGAGGUUUUCCAUAGAGGUUAUUACAAAUUUGAACACUAGGUGACUCCCAGAAGGUACUGGAAUGAUUUGUU